CGAUCGUCAUGGCAGGCACGCUGUGGUUUGAUUAUUAUUAAGUGGCAUUUAUAUCGAGUGGUUGGGCGAUCGUGCCUGCAUGAACUUAUAGUUCACGCAUUUCCCGCACUUCCCGCACGUUCUGGGCCGCGAAGUCAAACCCGUCCUGCACACCACACGGGUUAAGCCACUGCAAGUUGGGGGGCGGACAAGAUGCAUCCAAAACGGGCGGCCAUUGCCAUUUUCUUUGCAGCCCAAGCCCAAACCGGCGUUGGAGCUCUGGUGUCUUCACCAGGAGAAACGGUUCCAAUUCCAUCAUGGGACUUGCAGUCGUCUGCUGACGCCGGAACCGACCUCGAGGCACUCUCACAAACCGGACUCGACACCGCGUCAUGGCAUCACGUUGAAACAUCGAAGUGCACCCUUAUGGGUUGUCUCAUCGAAGCCGGAGUUUACGAUCAAGAAGAGCUGUUUUAUUCGGAAAACCUGCGCAGUGUCGACGAAAAGCAAUUCUCAGUGCCAUGGAUCUACCGCAACGAAUUCUCUCUUGAGCCUGGCUCCGGCAAGCACUUCUUCCUGCAGACACACGGCAUAUCUUCCCGGGCCGAUAUAACUCUCAAUGGCAAACCGGUUGCCACUUCAUCGGAGCAAGUGGGUUCAUACGUGGGGCGGAACUACGACAUCACCGAGGUUGUUGGUACCGACAACGCCCUCGCCAUCCAGGUGCACCCAACCGACUAUUACCACGACCUUGCCCUCGGGUGGGUGGACUGGAAUCCAUGGCCCGCGGAUAACGGCACCGGUAUCUGGCGCGACAUCGAAAUCAAGCAGACCGGCGCGGUGAUGUUGGAACCACUCCGGGUUGUAACGCAACUGGGCCCUACCCUCGGAGACGAACCAGCCAACAUCACCCUCAAGGCACGGGCACACAACCUCGAGGACACCCCCAUCACCAUCACGGCCACCGCCCUCAUCACGCCAGACUCGGGCGACAGCCCCAUAACCGUCAGCGAGACCUUCACCCUCGACCCGCUCUCCACCACCGACCUCAUCCUCACCACCACCCUGCCCAACCCCCAAAUCUGGUGGCCACGCCAAUGGGGCGCCCAACCGCUCUACACCGCCACCCUGACCACCACCCCGGCCAACACUACCACCCCCUCUGACCACACCACCGCCACCUUCGGCCUGCGCACGGUGACCACCACGCUCAACGCCCACAACGACACGACCUUCCACAUCAACGCGCGGCCCUUCCAGGUCCUCGGCGCCGGCUACACGCCCAACCUCUUCCUGCGCUUCUCCCCCGCCAAGUGGGACGCCGAGCUGCGCUACGCGCUCGACCUGGGCCUGAACACGAUCCGCCUCGAGGGCAAGGACGAGCACCCGGCGCUGUACGCGGCGGCCGAUCGCGCAGGCGUCAUGUUGCUGGCCGGCUGGGAGUGCUGCGAUAAGUGGGAGGCGUGGAGCUAUAACCCCGACCUGGCGGUCAGUCCGGUGCCGGUGUGGGAUGAUGAGGACUAUGCGGUGGCGAGGGAGGGGAUGGCGCAUGAGGGGGGGAUGAUGCAGGCGCAUCCAAGCGUGUUGGGGUUUUUGGUGGGGAGUGAUUACUGGCCGGAUGAAAGGGCGACGAAGGGGUAUUUGGAGGCGUUUGAGGCGGUCGAUUGGCAGUUGCCUGUGCUGGGGUCGGCGUCGGAGAGGGGGUUCUCCGAGCAGACGGGGCCGAGUGGCAUGAAGAUGGCCGGGCCGUAUGAUUGGGUGCCGCCGGGGUAUUGGUGGGAUACGGAGCCGGCGGAAGAGCGGUUCGGUGCGGCGUUUGGGUUUGGGUCGGAGCUGGGUGCGGGUGUGGGUACCCCGGAGUUGGGAUCGCUGACGAAGUUUCUGGGGGGGGCCGAGUUGGAGGAUCUGUGGAAGAGCCCAAAUAAGAGCCUGUACCACAUGUCGCGGGAGACGUCCCAGUUCGAGACGAGGGAGAUCUACAACGCUGGGUUGUGGAGCCGAUGGGGGGCGCCGACCAGUCUGGACGACUAUCUGAUGAAAGCGCAGCUGCUGGACUAUGAGGCUACGCGAGCAGAGAUCGAGGCGUACACGGCGAUGUGGAACGCCGAGCACCCUGCCACCGGGCUGAUCUACUGGAUGCUGAACAACGCCUGGCCCAGUCUGCACUGGAACCUGUGGGACUACUACAUGCGCCCGGCGGGGAGCUACUUUGGGGCCAAGGUCGGCCUAAGGAUGGAGAACGCCGCGUUUGACUAUGUCAAGAAAGCCGUAUGGUUGGUGAACCGGUCGUUGGACAAGCAAGGGGAGAGGAGGGUGGAGGUGGAGGUGAUGGAUCUGCAAGGGACGGUGGUGCACAAGGAAUCGGUGGCAACGGCAACAACCCCCAAUACCAGCGAGAACAUCCUGUCUUUGGCAGAGGUGUUAGGAAAUGCCACGGAUGUGGUCUUUCUGCGGCUAGUUCUUUACGAUGCCCCCGUGGAAGGGAACGUCCUGAGCCGGAACGUGUAUUGGGUUGCGAAGGAGCCGGAUGUGUUGGACUGGGCGAGCACGACCUGGUAUCACACUCCAGUCACCACUUACUCGGACUACACUGCGCUCAAUGAGCUCCAGACGGCAGAUGUCGAUGUUCACGGUGUCUGGAGUGGCGAUGCCGUGGACGUGACGCUGGAGAACAAGUCCGAGGUGCCGGCUUUCUUCGUCAGCCUGAACUUGGUGAAUCAAGACGGGGCCGAUCUGCUGCCGGUGACGUGGGAGGACAAUUAUGUCACACUAUGGCCGGGAGAGAGCAUCACACUGAGGGCUGGAAUUGCAGGUGCGAGCGGGGAGCCGAAAGAGAUCGUAGUUGUAGGGAAGAAUGUUGCUAGGGUGAAUACAGGGGUGUAGUGCCGAGUAGGGAUAGCUGAGGAGAUGGUUACUUCAUCUCUAGUACUAGUUUAUUUAUAGACUAUAAUAGUUACGAUGAGUGCCGUUUCG